AUUAUCCUUCUCUUAUACUAUACGGAAACUGAAACGCAUAAAUGCCUGGAAAUGGUCAAAACUUCCAGCCAUCUUUUUUCUCUUUUUAUAGAUUUUGAAAAUAUUAUCAUUGUUUCAGAUUGACUUACAAUCAUUUAAUAUUUUGUUUUUGUAAUAUUGUAAUAUUAAGUUUAAUUAUGAUUAUUUGACUGCGAAAAUGAAGUAGACUACUUCACAGGACAUUUCUUAUGCAGUAGCCCUUACUACAUCCCCAUUAUUUAGAGCGAGGAUCUGCAACCCUGCUUCAGGAGAGCCUCCUGCAUCAACACACCUUCAAGUAACUUAAGACCUUGAUUUGCUGGUUCAGGUGUGUUUGAUUAGGGUUCGAGCUGAACUUUGCAGAACAGUAGCUUUCCAGGAGCAGGACUGGAGACCCCUGAUUUAGAGAAACGGAAGGAGAAUCAUUCAUGUUGAGUUAAAAGGGAAUAAAUAAAAAUAACAACACAGAAAGUUAAACCCAAUAAUUUAUUUUUAAUCUAACUCACAUAGUCAUUUUUGUUUUGUUUUGUCUGUUUACUAUGUACUUUCUCAUCAAGUGGGAAUAGAUGGAGAAACCUGCCCAUGAAAUGAGUGUGUAUGAGGGGAAAGAAGAGGAGACUGCUGUUGACAGCCAGUCAGCAGCAUCUCCAGGAUUCAGCUGUGUGUCAAUGAAGAGUAACAACUCCAUGGUUAUUCCCCCUUUUCUCAGUGAUGUUGACACUCAGAGAGCAGCAUCUCCAGGAUUCAGCUGUGUGUCAAUGAAGAGUAACAACUCCAUGGUUAUUCCCCCUUUUCUCGGUGAUGGAGCUGCUGUGAACGCUGACUCUCUCAGGAAGAGAAAGAGAGCAGCAUCUCCAGUAUCCAACUGUGUAUCCAUGAAGUGCAACAGAUCCUCGAUUGAUCCACCCAGUUCCAGGACUGGAGCAGCGUGCUUUGACCCUGUUGGUAAAAAAGCUGUGUUCUCAACGACCGGCACAUUCCCUUACUGUCAAAGCCACACCAGUCAUCAUGAUACAGAAACAGACCUGCAGCUCAGUUCAGGCCCAACAGUGCGUGUUGAUCUGCAGAGAGUCAAAGACCAGCACAAAACCAGCAUGAAGAACAAGUAUGAGACCUUGUUUGAGGGAAUCAAACUACAAGAGAAUCAAACCCUCCUGAACAGGAUUUACACACAGCUGUACAUCAUAGAGGGAGAGAGUGAAGGAGUGAAUGAAGAACAUGAGGUGCUACAGAUGGAGAAAAGUUACAGGACACUCCAAGACACUCCAAUCAACUGCAAUGACAUCUUUAAUAAUUUACCUGAACCAGGAUAUGAGGAGAUGAGAAGAGAGCAGAAAGACAAAAUAAAGACUGUUCUUACUAAAGGCAUCGCUGGAAUUGGAAAAACCGUCUCUGUGCAGAAGUUCAUUCUGGACUGGGCUGAGGGAAAAGCCAAUCAGGAUGUAGAUUUCAUGUUUGUGCUUACAUUUAGAGAGCUGAACUUGAUUAAAGAUCAUCAGUACAGUCUUCACAGACUUCUGCUUGACUUUCAUCCUGAACUUCAAGAUCUGGACUCAAAGAUUUAUGAUGAAUGUAAAGUUGUGUUCGUCUUUGAUGGUCUGGAUGAAAGCAGAAUUAAACUGAUGUUUUCAGACAGUCAGAAAGUUUCUGAUGUGACUGAGAUUUCAUCAGUGGGUCUGUUGAUGUCAAACCUCCUGAAAGGAGAUCUGCUUCCCUCUGCUCUCAUCUGGGUCACCACCAGACCAGCAGCAGCCAAUCAGAUCCCCUCAAACUACUUCAACCGUGUGACAGAGAUUCAGGGAUUCAGUGACCCUCAGAAGGAGGAAUAUUUCAGGAAGAGAAUCAGUGACGAGCAUCAAGCCAGCAGAAUCAUCUCACACAUCAGAAGAGCAAGAAGCCUCCACAUCAUGUGCCACAUACCCGUCUUCUGCUGGAUCUCAUCCACUGUGCUUCAAAACAUCCUGAAACAAGAUCUCAGUGCAGAAAUCCCUCAAACUCUGACUGAGAUGUACAUCUACUUCCUGCUCAUUCAAACAAAUAUGAGGAACCAGAAGUAUGAAGAGAGAGAUCCAGAGAAACUCCUGCAGUCCAACCGAGAAGUGAUUGUGAAACUUGCUGAACUGGCUUUCAAUCAGCUGAUGAAGGGCAAUGUGAUGUUUUAUGAGGAGGACCUGAGAGAGAGCGGCAUAGACGUCACUGACGCCUCAGUGUAUUCUGGGAUCUGCACUGAAAUAUUUAGGGAGGAAUCUGUGAUUUAUCACAGGAAGGUUUACACCUUUGUACAUCUGACCUUUCAGGAGUUUUUUGCAGCACUGUAUGUGUUUUACUGCUAUUUACACAAGAACAGUGAGGUUCUGAAAAUGUUUUUGUCAGGAAAGUCCAGAACUCAGUGUGAGAAAGUUCCUCUGGAUGUGUUUCUGAAGGAAGCAAUGAAUAAAGCCUUGAGCAGUGAAAAUGGACACCUGGAUCUCUUCCUUCGAUUUCUUCAUGGCGUCUCACUGGAGUCCAAUCAGAGACUCUUACAGGAUGUACUGAUACACACAGAGAACAACCCAGAGAGCAUCAAGAACAUAAUCCAAAACCUUAAGCGAGGUCAAAAAAACAAUAUCAGUCCUGAAAGAUGGAUGAAUUUGUCUCACUGCUUGAUUGAGAUGAAGAAUAAUUCUGUUGUUGAGGAAAUGCAGGUAUUUUUAACAUCUGGAAAUAAAGAAAAAAAUCUUUCUCUUGCACAAUGCUCAACUUUGGCAAACAUGAUCCUAAUGUCAGAGGAGGUGCUGGAUGAGUUAGAGGGUCGAUGGAGACUGUUACCUGCUGUGAGGAACUGCAGAAAAGCUCUAUUGGCAAGCUGUAAUUUCUCUGAUCAGCACUGUGAAAUUGUGGCUUCAGCUCUACAAUCUUCAAACCCCACCCUGAGAGAGCUGGACCUGAGUAACAAUAACCUGAUGGUUUCAGGAGUGAAGCUGAUCUGUGUUGGACUGAAGAGUCCAAACUGUCAACUUAACAUACUGAGAUUGGCAGACUGUAAUCUUACAGAUCCACACUGUGAAAUUGUGUCUUCAGCUCUACAAUCAUCAAACUCCCUGAGAGAGCUGGACCUGAGUCACAAUAACCUACAAGAUUCAGGAGUGAAGCUACUCUACUACAUUACCUGAGCAGUCGAAGGCUGCGCAUUUAUUGCAUGGACGGAGCAAAAAUAUAAGUGUCUAAAGCAUACGCACAGUUCCAUUGUAUGAAAAAUAUGUUUUAACAAUGUCGUUCAACCGAAUGUACAAAGGAAACUGUUAAAAUAACCACAUCAUUAAGCACUACCUUGAAAUAAGAAUGCAACGUUUAUCUGAUAAUCAGAUGCAUGAAAGUAUCAUUUGUUGCUAUAGCAUACAGACCUCGGGCGUGUUUACUUUCAGAAUCAUCAUUCACAGAGGGAGAGGAAAAGAAAAAUACUAUAGCAUUUUAUUUUAUGAAAAUUAGAUAAAGAAGUUUUCACACUGAAAGAGAAAUGAUAUCGUGCUCAUAGAACUUAAGAUGUUCCAGGCUAUGUCUGCAGCUAAUCUGAAUAAAAUGCGGAAUGAACUGAAACGUUAAGACAAUAAACACAAU